AUAAAAAAUUGAAAGAAGCCAGGACUGCAUAUUUUUAUCAAGUCUCCCCCUUUGCGCUCCCUCUCUCUCAGCAAACCCCCAAAAGUCUCAUUUUCUCCUCCCGUUUCCUCUAGACCUCCUCUUCUCCCCAUCGCCGCCGUCCCCUCUGCCUCUCUCCGCCUCCUAAGAUGAGCGGCGGUCUUAGGGUUUCGAUCCCCUCCAACGUCCGGAAGACGAUCCAGAACAUCAAGGAGAUCGCCGGCAACCACAGCGACGAGGAGGUGUACGCAAUGCUGAAAGACUGCUCUAUGGAUCCCAACGAGACUGCUCAGAGGCUCCUCCUCCAAGAUACCUUUCACGAGGUCAAGAGGAAGCGCGAUAAGAGAAAAGAGAACAUCAGAGACCCUGCUGAUUCUAGGUGGAGGCAGGGAGUGCAGGGGCGAGGAGGUAGGAGUGGUCGAGGAAACUAUUCUUCACGCUAUGCAUCUGAUGAUAUUGUUGGGGGAAGGAAUGUUACUUCUAGAAAGGAGAAUGGAGUAAAUCAAGGCACAGACAGUGGCAAUAAAUCUUCUUCAUCUGCUAAUCCAGAUACUGAGAACAAAUCUUCAAUCUCCAUUUCAAGCUCUAUACCUGGCCUGGCCAAUGGUCCCAGCAAUGUGGAUCACCCUAUUUCAUCUCAGGGAUGUUUGUCGCAAGUAUCUGGUGUCAGUCAGAUUGCUUCAAAGGAAGAAAGUUCUGCUACUGAAAACAAUAAGUCGGGGAAGACUUCAUUGAUCUCCGAUGAUGUAAAAAGUGGUUCUGCAUCUGGACAUUCUGUACCAGGUUCAAGCCUGUCUGUACCAUCCAAGGCAGUAUCUGUGUCUGGGGUAUAUGCCUCAUCAUCUGACCCUGUGCUAGUGCCAUCACUUGAUACAUGUAACUCAGGUGAAGCGGGCACUAUCAAACGUGUGGUUGGAAGUCAAAGGACUGUUGUUGAAACGAUGAACAAGGCUGUGCCUUGUGAUAUAUCUGGACUUGAGUUGUUGUCUCUAAAUGGAAAAGGCUCUUCUGAAAUUAGUCAUUAUUCAGUACAUGGUAAGGUGCAAAAUAGAUCACAAGGAUCUGAAGUGAACCAGCUCUCAGAUACAUCACAUGCUGCAUCUUCAUCUCUAUCUGGCCAUGCAGGCAGCAGACCAUCAUCUACUUACAGCAGCCGAUCACAGCAGCUAACUGGUUCCCAAAAAGCAGUUGUUGCUAAUAAAGAGUGGAAACCAAAAUCAACACAUAGAAAUUCUGCUCAAGCAUCCGGAACACCUGGUACUUCUGAUGUAUCUACUGUGGUGGAAGCUGUUUCUGAGUCACUGCCGGUGUUAUCAGAAGAUACUGCUUUAAAGCUGGAAAAGAAGCUAGAUGAACUGCAGUUAUUGGACAGACAACAUGUCAUCAUUCCAAACCAUCUUCAAGUUCCAGAGUCUGAGAGGCAUGGGUUGAGUUUUGGAAGCUUUGAAUCCAGUUUUAACCUCAGCAUGGGUUCUGCUAACGGUCCUGCAAGUGAUAAGAGCACUGCACCACCACUCGAGUCAUCUCAAGAGAUUAAGGAAAACAUUGAGGAUCCUUCUUCAAGCAGUUGUGAUGCAUCCCCAACUUCUCAAGAAGUCGACUAUCCAGAUCAUCCCCAGUCACCAAUUCAGAUGCCAGAAAAUUUUUCAUGUAGGGAAGCUGACAUUCCUUCCAGUGUCCCUGCAGCACCAGAAUAUGAUCAAUCCAAAGAAACUGCUGCUUUGGCUCCAGAAGGUCCUCAGUACUCAGUUGUUCAUACUGCACCAAGUUAUUCAGCAUUUGGGUUGGUACCACAAAUGCUUGGCAGCCAACUAGUACCAUUUGAAAGCUCUGAGUCUCAGGCACGUGAUACCACUCACCUCCCAAGCUUUGUGGUCCAGCAACCUUUCGAUCCAUCCUCGAGCUACUAUACCCAAUUUUAUCGACCUACUGCUGAUGCUGAGGGCCGCUUCUCUCCUUUUCUUGCACCUGGUGCCGCUAAGUAUAAUGGCAAUAUUGCAGUCCUACCUGCUCAGACUGGCCAGGCUCCUCAAGAGAGUGGGAACUCUAUGGUCUUAUCAACAGCUGGGUCUACUUCUCUUGCUACUCAAACUGCUGGGGUUAUGCCGAGUUCUGUUGCCGUUCCCCAGCAACCAGUUCCCAUUUUCCGGCAGCCUGCUGGUGUACAUAUAUCACAUUAUCCCCCCAACUAUAUUCCGUAUAGUCAAUAUUUCUCCCCGUACUAUGUACCACCCCCUGCCGUUCACCAUUUUCUAAGCAAUGCUGCUUUCCCUCAGCAACCUCCAACAGGCAGUGUAUAUCCUCCUCCUGGUGCUGCAGCAGCUGCCACCCCUGUCAAGUACUCUCUUUCUCAAUACAAGCCUGGUACCAACGCCGGUAAUUCAGCCCUUGUUGGGAUGCCGACUGGCUAUGGAACAUAUAGCUCGAGUCCAGCUGGCUACACUCCUAAUCCUGCUGUGGGCAGUGGCAACUCAACUGGCAAUGAGGAUCUCACGGGAUCUCAGUUCAAGGAAAAUAAUGUGUAUAUGCCUGGGCAGCAGCAGACCGAAGGUUCAGCUGUCUGGAUUCCUGCAGCUGCUGGGCGAGACAUUUCCAGUCUUCAAGCCAGUUCAUUCUACAGCUUUCCUUCACAGGGACCACACAUGACAUUCACACCCACACAAGCUGGCCAUGGUGCCUUUAGUGGACUUUACCACCCCACCCCAACUGUCGCUGCAGCUGCUGUUCAUCCACUACUCCAGCAGUCCCAGACUGUGGCUGGUGCUGUUGAGAUGGUGGGCCCACCUUCUGGUGUUUAUCAACAGCCACAACGAGCACAGAUCAAUUGGACUAAUACUUAUUGAAGAGGGGAAAUCAAAUCCUUGUUAACGGUAGCCUCUUAAAAAGCAAAGUAGAUAUUCUGAUGCUGUGAAGUUUGGAGGCUACUGUUGGUUUCAGGCAGAACAUUUUCACAAUUGUGUCAUAGUGCAGCCUGAUCAAAGAGUGUAAAUAUAUAGAUAUAUCUACAGGAUGGGCAAGCUGCAGGGAAGGCUUCAGGAUUCCAGUUUGCUUUGAGAGUUUGAGAUUAAUUGUGGAGGUUCACCUGUGACUGAUACUGACCAUUUUUAAGCUAGUAGAGAGGUCUGCGCAGGUUCCUUUUCUUUGCUUGUUUGCUGCUCGUUCUUUAUCAUUUGCCCUUCUCUCCCUUGAUCUUUUUAAAUUAUUCAGUGGUGAAAGGCGUGAUUUUCUUUUCUUGUAUCAAUCCCUUCAGAUGAGGUUAUAGUAAUGGGAAAGGUAAGAUUUUAAGUUAGUGGGUUUUUCAUUCUUUUCACUGCCUUGACUGUAAAGUGAAUUUUGAUAGUAUAUGAGGAUGUAUUGCAACUGUUGUAUCUGGCGUAAUAGAAGCAGCAGCACAUCCCUUUCUGUU